GGUCUAUCAGAGGAAGUUUGCGAGCUCGCUAAGCAGUGCACCGACGACCGUGUCCAAGUUAGUACACCUACAGCCACGACUACAACGGAUACUACCACGGAUGAGGGCACCGAGGAGUCGCCUGAAACCAAACGGGCCCGCCUUUCGGAACUACCAGGCGAAGAAAAUGACACCGCUGCUGCCGACACACCCGACUCUGCGGUGGUCCUACCGAUCGGCUUUGUCCGCUCGGACUGGCCAGGCGAGGGGGACACUCCGAAACAAUUGUUGGUGGAGUACUGCAAGAAGAAGCAACUGGAUUUUCCCAUCUACACAGUGGUUGAGAACAAGUCAACGCGAUCAUUUAUUGCCACUGCCCUCGUGGAUGGUCGACGAUAUUCGCACACUAUUCCCUCAAAAUCGAAACGGUACGCUGAGCAGGCUGCGGCCCAGGCUUGCUUGGAACAUCUUGGAGUCCCCUUGCUUCCUCAAAAGUCAAUUACCUAA